GUGUUUUUCAAAUGUAAAAGGAACAUUGUAUUUUUAAUACUUAUGGAAAAUGUACAAAAUGAAAAUAUAAUUAUAUUUGUAACCAUGUUUUUAGGUCAAAGUUAUAAGUUUAAGACUUUCUUUGUUUGUUUCAUAUCUUUAUUAUUUGUUUUAAUUUCUGAAGAAGAUUUUGUUGUUGUCUAGUGAGCAAUUAGAAAUCACAAGAUAUUAAGCAAACAUUGUAAAAAUAUGGUUUGAUAAAGAGAAAAAGACGAAGUAAACGAUGAACAAUUCAACGCAAAUAAUUUGUGAUAUAUUUCGUGUCGAAUUAGAAGUGAAUCCAAUUUUUCACGUAACGUUAUCGAUCAUAGUAAUUCUGAUAAGUAUACUGACAAUAUCCCUCAACUCAAUGUACUUACUUGUGGUAUACAAAUUUUCAAAGUUAUUUUCCAUAUCUGAUAUUUUAUACAUUUUCUUGGCAGUUAGCGACUUACUUACCGGUGUUAUCUUAAUGCCUGCAUUUGCAGGGUUUUGGUUAUAUACAUCAUAUUCCGGUACAGAUUGCACCUUUUUAAAUUUCGUGAAUGCUUGUGCACACACAUUUACACUAAUAUCAGUAUUGACAAUUUCCUUGAUCACCACAGACGUGUAUGCCUCGAUAGUUCAUCCGUUUGCAUAUCGUGCGUAUUUUACGAAGAAGAUCUUCUACGCAACGUCUGCUGUGGUUUGGAUUAUUUCAAUAACGUUUCCAAUUAUUUUUAUUCUCAUUGCACCCUUUCACUGGUACAUCUAUCAAAAUAUAUCUGGCUCAAUGGCUCUAAGUGCUAUGAUGGCUCUAUGUGUUAUGCAUUACAAAAUACACCUAUCAAUUAAACAACUGAGUUGUCAAAUUAACUUUUCAUCUGCAAAAGAAAAUGAGAAUGUGAAAACAAAAAGAAAAGCGUCGAAGUUGGCAGUCUCAAUAUUGAUUACCUUAAUUGCUUGUUUCUUACCAUCAUUGAUCUAUUUCUUUUAUAUAACUAUUCAUGGAACGACAACAAAAUCUGUCAGUUACGUGUUUCAAACAACUGGGGUUAUUGUUUUUCUUAAUGCAUUUUUUGAUCCAUUUGUUUACUACUUUCGAUUGGGACGUGUUCGAACAAAAAUAAAAAAAAUGUUUACGAACACUGUUGCACCUGAAAGUACAACGAAAGGUGUUCCAUCUGCAACAAAUCGAGUUUAAACCAAAAAAUUUGAGCGUGUGAAUUUUUUUUCUUUGAUUGAUUUUUCACACAAGUAUCUUUUUGGAAUUAUUAAUUUCUUUUUUUUAAAACAAAUAUUCAAGUGUUCAACACAAUUCAGUAUACUUUUUUUUCAGAAAAAACAAGGUUGCUAAAAUGGGGACUCAUGAUGCAUGUUCAAUUAUCCUAAAAAUUAAGCAAAGUCAGCUUGCAAAAACUUUGGAAUUUUAGGGUAGCAAAUGAACAAAAGUAAAAAGAAAUUUCUUUAAAAUUUAAUACGUAUAAUUUAAUGCCUGUUGGUUAUCAGUGAGGUACGUUGAGAUUAUUUAACUUCCGCGGUAAACUAGAAAAAUAGUGAUUGUACUUAUUCAACUAUAUUUAGGUUUUGAACUUAACGUAGAUGAUUUUUUUAUUAGGUGCAAAUACAUGCAUAAUACACA